AUGUCUAGGAGACUAGAUUUGUACCCAAACGGAAAUGGUGAAGACGAUGAUUGUAGCCACAUUUCUUUGUAUGUGGGAAUAUGUAACACUGAUAGUUGCUUACAAGGGUGGGAUGUCUGUGUUGAUGUUACUUUCUUUGUUUAUGAUCAUAUACAGCACAAUUUUGUAACCUUUCAAGAUGUGAAUGGGCAUCGGACAAGGUUCCAUGGGAAGAAGACAACAUGGGGUUUUGACAAAUUAAUUUCUUUGGAGUCUUUUACGGAGAGUAAAAAUGGGUACCUUUUCAAUGAUUCAUGCGUUUUUGGAGUUGAGGUUACUGCAGUUCCAGAGUUUACAAAAAUGGAUCGGUGGCUGUCGAUGACAAAGCUUCCAACAACUAUGAAUACUUACACUUGGACCAUUAAUAAAUUUUCAGCUGUAACAGAGGAGCGAGUGUAUUCAGAAGCGUUUAAACUUGGCAAAAUGAAGUGGAAAUUGUCACUGUAUCCGAAAGGAAACAAAUCAUAUACACAUUUGUCAAUCUAUUUAGGUGUGCAUGAUGCUGCUUUGCUUCCUGAUGGUUGGAAAGUGUAUGCCAAGUACAAGAUUCGGGUUAAAUGUCAGGGUACUGGAAGUGAUAUACAAAGAGAAACUACAAAUGGCUGGUUCGACAACGCUACUGAUAGUUGGGGUUUUUCAUCUUUUAUGCCAUUGAGCCAACUUAUGGACUUUGAAAAUGGCUUCUUGUUGGAUGAUACUCUUAUUGUUGAAGUCGAGGUUUCAGUGAUGGGGAUGCUCAGAAAUUUUAUCUGA